UCUGGCAACACUGAUACAGACGAUAGGAUGUAGCUGGACGUGGCUAACAGCGAGCUACGAUCCACAGCACAUCCGAAAACACACCUAAACCGUGAUUAGGAUCGGUUUAACCCCGCAGUCAGGACGUCUGUGCCUCUGUUUUGUCAGACAGAUUGUCUUUGCCAGAUAUGACCUGUCACUGACAGGUCAAGUGCUUAAUGGAUGCAUUUGAGACCUUUUGUGAGUGAGGUUGCGGCUUUCAGUAAUGUACCAUGGGGUACGAUGUCACGAGGUUCCAAGGGGAGGUGGAUGAAGACCUACUGUGCCCUAUAUGCAGUGGAGUGCUGGAAGAACCAGUGCAGGCCCCACACUGUGAGCAUGCUUUCUGCAACGCUUGUAUAACACAGUGGUUUGCCCAGCAGCAGAUUUGUCCUGUUGACCGCACAGUCGUGACGCUAGCUCACCUCCGACCUGUGCCCCGCAUCAUGCGCAACAUGCUGUCCAAACUUCAGAUCAGCUGUGACAACGCGAGCUUUGGUUGUACUGCCACACUACGCCUGGAUCAGCUACAGUCGCACCUCAAGGACUGUGAGCACAAUCCGAAACGGCCUGUGAACUGUGAGGAGGGUUGUGGACUUGAGAUGCCCAAAGAUGAACUGCCAAACCACAAAUGCAUCAAACAUUUGCGGAGCGUUGUCCAGCAGCAACAAAGCAAAAUUUCAGAACUGGAGAAAACCGUUGCAGAGCAUAAGCACCAGUUGGGGGAACAAAAGCGGGACAUUCAGCUGCUAAAAGCCUAUAUGAGAGCCAUCCGCAGCGCUAACCCCAACCUCCAUAACCUUGAGGAGAGCAUCGAGUACAAUGAGAUCUUGGAAUGGGUCAACUCCAUGCAGCCUGCCAGAGUGACCCGCUGGGGCGGCAUGAUAUCCACACCUGAUGCUGUGCUCCAGACGGUCAUUAAACGCUCUCUCAUCGACAGCGGCUGUCCUCUUUCGAUCGUCAAUGAUCUGAUCGAGAACGCCCACGAGCGCAACUGGCCACAGGGACUAGCCACGCUGGAGACACGCCAGAUGAACAGGCGCUACUACGAGAACUACGUUGCCAAACGGAUCCCUGGCAAGCAAGCGGUGGUGGUGAUGGCGUGUGAGAAUCAGCACAUGGGGGAGGACAUGAUUCUGGAGCCCGGCCUGGUCAUGAUCUUUGCACACGGCGUGGAGGAGAUCUUAUAACUGUGCAGCUGGGUGCGCAGAUCCACAGAAAAGUGGGGACAUUUUGUUUUGGGCAGGGGGUUGCUGUGGAGAAAGAAGUAAUUUCCUUGCUGAAGUGAAAACUAAUAAACCUGGUUUAUUAAAUCUUAAGAGGCUUCCUCCUAAGCUUGAUGCCUAUGCCUUAAAGUAAGGACGAAUAAAUAUUGAACCUGAUAAAAUACAAAGUGAAUCUGACUGACACUGAAGAUAAAAAGGUGAAAUGUGACGUUUACAAGGUUUCUAACUAGUGCAUUACACGAUCUGAUUGUUCUGCUCCACAUCUUAAUCUAGUGUUAAAUCCUCAACCCCCAUUCAAAGCCCCCUGUUGUAUAAAUCUUUGUAAAUACAAAAUACUAUAUAAGGAAAUGUCAUAUUCUCCCAUUCCUCUUGAUGUAAUUGUGAUUUCCCUCCCCCUUUCAGUUUUGUUCAAUCUGCUUGUUACCUUCUCAAAGAGCGAUGACUGAACGUUUUCCGUGCUUGCUUUAGUAUUUAGUUUUGCCAUAGAUGUAAAAUGCACUGUGCAUCUUUGUUUUUGAUCGUCCAAACCUCUGUGCCAGUUAUUUAUUGUGUUGCCUUUUUAAAAACCAAUAUGCUUGAAAAUUACCAUUUGAUGUAUGUAAACCUGCUUUAUUUUUUUUUCUUUCAUUUGAUUUCAUUGCAGGAAGAAAAAAAAACAUCUUGUUGCCUCAGUUUGGUGUGUGUGUGUGUGUGUGUGUGUGUAUAGUCUGUUAGAUGCAUUUGAAGUGUUACAAUUAAAGUUUAAGAUUUAAACAUAUGAUGCAGUUUAUUUUAAAUCUCCAAACAGUCACUUUAUGUUGGUGAAUUCUUAUGUUUGGGAUGAUUGAUUUAUCAACAUUAAUCUUCCUGUUCACAUGUACUCACUGAUAAGUCACUAAACAUGCAGCGUGGAGAUUGUAAAGACAUUUGUAAAGUCGCUCCUUAAGGUUAAUUUUUGCACCAUUAUUUACUUAUACCUGUAGUAAUACACUUCACACAUCUAUUGUUAAAGAAAAGAACAAUGGCUUGGUUUCCCUGUUAAUGUUUUGGUGUCUGUUAUGUACUGUGUUGUACAGACAUGAAGGUAAUAAAACACAAAGCUUCAUCCAAAA